UUGGCACGAUGCUGGUGGAAAUUUUAAUUGAAUAAAACGCAAAAAAAACGUUGGUGUUACUAUUUUGUAGUGCGGUGCGACUGAAUUAGAAAAAAUGCGACGACGCCGUUAUUCUGUUGUAGCCAAAGUUCCAAACACAGAUAUCGAUUCCGAGACUGAAGACUGAAGUAAGCACUCGCAAGAAAAUAAUUCAACGCCAGUGAACUUAGAAGUUCUCAAGUAAUUGUGGCUGUGCGUAACUAAAAUAGUUUUAUAGGUUUGGUAGUGGCAACUAGUUUAGAUGGAGCUUAAUUUGUGAUAUGUUGACCAUGCGAUUGCAGAGAACGAAGAAGGCCAUCACGUGAGCACCAUGUGAGACAACGCGGACUUAAACUUUGUUAACUUAAUCAGGCCGCAACUGAAAAUGGCGAACAUGACAACCAUGAAGCUCGUUGACGUCGUGACGUCGGUGACGCCGGCGACGGCAGCCUUCAAUACAACAGAGAACCUGACUACAGAGGAAAUCAUGCAGCGACUUGAACAAAUGAUGGAUAUUCGAGCUAUCGACGAAAAUUGGCUUAUCGGUUUAUUGCUCGUCUACUCAUUACUCAUUAUGACGGGUGCUCUUGGAAACGGACUAGUAUGUUUAGCCGUCGCCCGUAAGCCAGCGAUGCGGACUGCACGGAAUAUUUACAUUAUCAACUUGGCGAUCAGCGACCUCAUUUUGUGCUUAUUUACUAUGCCAUUUUCGCUUGUUGAAAUCGUCCUGAAAUUUUGGCCACUCGGAUUAGUUACCUGCAAACUCGUCGCUGGCCUCGAAGCAACCUCGAUUUUUGUAUCAACGAUCUCAAUAAUGGCUAUUGCAAUUGACCGCUACAAAGUGAUCCUCUACCCGACGCGGGAGACGUUCAAUCCACUUAGUGGCUUUUUUAUGGUAGCCACCAUAUGGAUGAUUGCCCUGCUUCUUGCGACCCCACUGUUCAUCUAUAAAACGGUGUUUACUCAUGAGGUGCCGCAGAAGUUUUUAUUAUUGCAGGUUGGCCUUCAAGCAAAAGUCGAUUAUUGCGUCGAGCAUUGGCCGCACAAUAAAGGACGGUUGUUUUUUUAUUCGCUAUUUACUAUGGUUCUACAGUACAUGCUACCCAUCGGCAUUGUAUCUGCGGCUUACGCUUCGAUCUGUCGAAAAUUACGGGACCGGAUGAUGGCCAGAGGGGGCUGUCAAGCUCAACUCGAAGAAAAGUUGCUUCGCGAACGGCAACGAGUUCAACGAACGAACAAACUACUAGUCGCCAUUACCGUCGUCUUCAUUCUAAGUUGGCUACCACUCAAUAUUCUCAACACUUGGUUCGACUAUUUUGAGACACAGGAUAGCAAACUCGACGUGCAAUUUCGGGUCAUGUUUGCCUUCUGUCACAUGUGUGGAAUGAGCUCGGCCUGUACUAACCCAUUUCUAUAUGGCUGGCUAAACGACAACUUUCGCAAGGAAUUCCAAGAGAUUCUCUCCGGGUGCUUCCCACAGUUCGUUGCAAGAUUUACCUCUCGCCAGGAUACGAUCAACGAGUCUCGACUACCUUCGAUGCAUCCCGCUGUUAGAACAAUUGCUGGAAACGAAAUGAUACAGCUUCGUGCUUAUGAAAGUCCUCCGUCAUAGAUAUACAUUAAUAAUCUAAAUGUUGUUUAAAUUAAAGGGGAGUGAGAAGAAAGCAGGCACAGUAGUACGUUAGAUUUCCUACCAAUUCCAUUUCUACUAUUGCUAUGAAGAGGUAUAGAAAAAAAAAAAAAAAAAAAAAAAAGUGUUCGUUUAACUACUAAUGGCAG